AUGGUGAUGGAUGCUAGGGUCAUCAUAAGCAAACCUGCUACAACUUGCAGCGAUUUCUUCCACGUUGCUUCUCCUGGUAUACUCAUGGAAUGUAUAUUCCAUAAAUUCUGCAAAGACUCAUCAGAGCUGAGGAACGCCACCAGAAACCUCCAACUGAUAGCAGACGCGUUCGGAAGAAUAUGUCUAACCCUCUUCACCUGCGUCAUGUUGUACCUUAUAUACAACUCUGUGAAGUCAGCCGGCAGCAAGAGUGGUGCCGGAGGAUUGGGGGGCCUUCUUGGAGAGGACGCUAGUUUUGAGGUAAUGACGCCCGACUUGACGUUUGAGGACGUUGCUGGUAACGAACACGCUUUACAAGAAAUGCAGGAACUUGUCGGUUAUCUCACUAACCCUGCUAAAUAUAUUGAGAUGGGAUGUGAGAUCCCUAAAGGAUACUUACUCUGUGGACCUCCCGGUGUUGGAAAGACCCUCAUGGCUAAAGCACUGGCUGGUGAAGCCGGUGUUCCUUUCUACUACUCCUCCGGUUCAGGGUUUGAGGAGAUAUUUGUCGGGGUUGGAGCUGGAAGAGUUAGGAAAAUGUUCGAGCAGGCUCAAGCCAACGCCCCUUCCAUCAUCUUCAUAGAUGAGAUUGAUUCUAUCGGUCAAAAACGAAAGAUUAACGAUCUAGGCUAUUCAAAUCGGGGCACUCUCAAUCAGAUGCUGUCUUGUAUGGAUGGUUUUGAGAAUAAUAACGGGGUUAUAGUAAUAGCAGCUACUAACGAGCCGGACACAUUGGACAGUGCGCUGACCAGGGAGGGACGUUUUGAUACCAAGAUAUCAAUCAGGGUGCCCCCAAUCAAGGGACGGCUGGAGAUACUGAAGGUUCACACCAGAAACAAAGUUCUAGCGGAGGAUGUGGAUCUUGAAAAUAUCGCCACGGCGUGUACUCAGAUGACCGGGGCUCAGCUGGCUACCCUGGCUAAUACUGCUGCUUUAAGGACUGUGCUAGAGGGCAGGGAUGCUAUAACUCAGGACGAUUUUGAGUUCGCGCGAGCACGUCUGCUGAUAGGCCACAUAAACGAGGAUAUCGAGGUGUCAGACACCCAAAUGUUGGACACCGCUGCCCACGAGGCUGGACAUGCACUGUUAACUGUACUCAGAGAGGAGAUAACUCAGAGACCUGUUUACAUAACCACUAUUCUUCCGAGAGGACGGUCACUGGGCCAUGUACAGCCAGUAUCAAAAAGAGAUCAACACACCGAGAACAUUGCUUCGAUGAUCGCUCAGAUUGAUAUCUGUAUCGCUGGGCGUGUCGGGGAGGAGCUUCAUCAUAAUUUUGUCAAGGGUAAAGUGUCUACUGGGUGUUCUAGUGACAUGAAAAUGGCAACUUCUUACGCUGAAUUUCUGGUUAAGAAGUGCGGUUACAGCGACAGGAUAGGCUUGAUUAAAGCUAACGAUGGUGAUAAGAACGACCUUACCGAGAAGGUUGUCCAUGAAGAUACAGCUCUCAUAUCCCAGGAUCGAUAUCAGAUUGUAAAAUCAGACAUGAUGAAACACAAAAAAGAGUGGAAAGCGCUCACAUACAUCCUCUACCGAUACAAGACCUUGACAGGGUGAGAAGUAAAGCGGAUUGUUUACUGUGGA